AUGAACACAUUUACCCUCGUUAAACAAGAGGAGGAUCUACAACAGGCGAAUGCGGAGAACACUGCGGAGAACAUUGCGGAGACAGUCAUCAGCAGCAGUGACACAACAGGCCUACUCUCCACGAUCUCACACCAAUCCACUCAGCCAGUGCAAGAGAAGUCAAUACAGCAGGCGAAUGCGGAGAACACUGCGGAGAAACCAAGCGGCAACAAGGCCCCCAGCACCAAGAACACGGCUCAGCUCUCCAAGAUCCCACGUUAUAUGCUCUCCACGGUUCCACAUCAAAUCAUCACUCAGCAAGCGGAGAACACCACUGCAAAUGCGGAGAACACUGCGGAGAAACCAAGCGGCAACAAGGCCCCCAGCACCAAGAACACGGCUCAGCUCUCCAAGAUCCCACGUCAUAUACUCUCCACGGUUCCACAUCAAAUCAUCACUCAGCAAGCGGAGAACACCACUGCAACUUAG